CAACUGUCGGUUCGAGCGAGAAAGGUCUCAACGGGCAACCUCGAUGGCACUCUCGAUCGCAGCGCAGAUUGAGCAGCGGAUAGCAGCGCUCUUGCCACCGCCGCCACCAGCCUUCGCAACACGUCCGCGACUCGACGCGCCCGAGAAGCCAUUGACAGUCCUUUGGCAACAACGCUGCUACGCCCUCCGCCAGCGCCAGCGCUACCAGAUGCACCGCGUUCUUCAGCACAAGCACCUGCGCCGGCGCCGGCCCAGUCCGCCGACCGAAUGCGCCAUCUGCCUCGAGAUGAUGCAGCCCGAGCGCGAGAUGCUGCGCACGCUGCCGUGCGGCCACGCAUACCACCGCGCGUGCAUUGACUCGUGGGCCAAGCGGCAGAAGACGUGCCCGUGCGACCGCCUGCCCUUUGGCCGUCUCUUUUAGCCCGUCCGUCGACGCCUUUUUGCAUGCUCACCAAUACUGUAUUUCUGCAUAUGCUUUGAACAUUGGUGACGUCAUGGCAGCAGGCUAUCCUAGCUGGUCGUCCUUGG